AUGGCCGACUACCCCGGCACCAGAGGCGGGCCCGCCCAGACGCCCAAUCUUCUACUACGACGCAUCGCCGCCGUCGCCCUCGGCAUCUUCCUGUUCAGCACCGCCAGCCCCUUCACGCCCGUCUCGUGGCUGACACAGCACGACUAUGUCACCUACCUGGACGGGCCCCGUAUGGUCGACCGCGUGAUCUCCCCCAUCCUGACCAUGGGCGCCGCCAUCCUGCACUGGUACAUCGCCUCCGUCGCCUCGCCUCUGCCCUUGACCCUCACCGUGCCCAACCCCGGCGCGGACGUCCAGGUUCGGGACGGACAGGCGCACAUCGUGCAAAACGAGAUCGUGCUGGGGCUGUGGCUGCCCAGCUACUUCUGGCCGGCCAUGGCGCUCGAGGCCGCGCUGCUCUGGGCGCUGCGGUUCGGGAGCUUUGUCGUUGCGCUGUGGAUGGAGCGUGGGAUACUGGCUGGUAUCAUCUUCAGCGCAUGGGUUGUCGGGUGGAAUGCCAUGCCUUGGUACAGGAAGGAACAGGCCUGGGCCCUCAUCAAGGACUAUGUGGUUCGCCUCAUCAUCAUGGAGAUGGUGGAUGCGGCCUUUGGUGGAGGUCGCAACCGACGACGCCGUCGCAUGUGA